UACUUGAAAAAAUGAAUAUGUCACAACCUACUCCUACUUCUUCUAUUUCUAUGAAAAGAAACAAAAAGCCAAAACCGUUGUUUGGUUUAUUCCGUAAAGGUAAAGAAGAUAAUGACAUAAUUGUUCCUAUGCCUUCAAAAUCACAACCACUUGGAUCUGGUAUUGCUUCUUCGACCAUGCCAUUCAAUUCAAUACAACAACGCUUGAACGAUCCUUAUUCUCCACCACAGAUGAAACAGACACCUAUUUAUAAGAACCCAUUGUUCUCUCCGCAAUACCCACCACCACAUUUUCAUCAGCCACAACAGAGAAGACAAAGAUCCAAAUCAGUAGGAAGAGAUCCUUCCACAAACACGAUGCGUCUCUUGGAAGAACGUGAGAUGACAUUGAACAAACUAUGUGGCAACUCCCCUGAUUCAACAUCGCUGGCCGAUUCUCUACCUCUCUUGUCUCCAACUUACAAUAAUACCAAGACAUUUCUACCACCUGUACCACCUAUUCCUAUCCAACAUCAAUUGCCUUCACCUGUAGAACCAUCAAGACCUUCUGUACGCAAAUUUUCAUCUGCGCAUGAUCUAAGGAAAGCAACUAAACUACAACAAGAUUCAAUUCAGCAAGCUACUGCAGAAGCAUUGCCGCCCGUACCAAAAACACCUACUAAAUCAACAAACAUGACUCGUUCGAGAUCAUUAAGUGCCUCUUCCCGUAAAGUCAAAUUGUCACCACAGCAUACGAAAUCGCCACCUUUAUUGCCAAAACAAACAACACGUCAUUGGCCACCCGUACGACGUGAAGAAGAUAGUAGUGAGGACGAUGAUGAUGUGCCUCUGGGUUACUUACAGUCACCUGUCAGCAGACCAUCUUCUUUACUUUCUGAUCAGGAUGAUGAGGAUGACAACGAUCUGGUUCCAAUUGCUGUUUUGAAUGUAAACCCCAAUGUCAAAGCAAGGCCUGACAAGGACAAGGACUAUCAAACAGCAGCAGACAAGUAUAAAGAAAGAGUAAAAGAAAGAUUACAUUUUGACAAGGAUGAAGACGAUGACGAUAUUCCAAUAUCUUUGGCCUUGCUAUCACCAAAAGAUAGAGCGAAAUGGAAGCAACAGAAAUUCCCAUAGAUGACUAUAUGUAUUUUUAAUAAAGCCUUAAUUCAUUAAUUUAUUCUUGAUCUCUAAUGCAAAUCGUCAUUUUGAGUUUGAAUUUUAAUGAAUGAAAUAAAUAAGC